AAUAGAAGAGGAAACAAAUCCCACUCAAUUAAUUAUAAUAAAAAAUUGAAGUUUGUACAAUCACAGCCAAAUCAAAGUUAACUUUUGAAAAUUAGGAAUAUCAAAACAGAAAUCUCGAUUUUCCUCAUAUGAAGAUUUACUUCUUAUUUGGCCCUCGACGCCACCAGUGUUCUUCAUCGAUUAAGCUCUACCACAGCCAUAACCAUUCUUGAAGGCUCUGUCGGUCUGUCCCCCCAGGCAUGCACCAGAAAUCAUUCUCAACUUCAAUACCCCUUCCAUGCAAAAUAAUAAAUGCUUUAAUUGAGAAAAUCUUGUUUUCACCUAGCUACUACACAGAGAGUGCAAGGAUUACUCCAAUCAAUUACUGAAACAUUAUAAUAUAGACUGCAGUUGCAUUACAAAUUCAUGGAUCCAUUGAGACAUAAUCCUGACCAGAAAAUAACAUACUAGGGAUCAUAAAAGCUUGGUAAGGGAAAAAUCAAAACCAUAUCAGGGCAAUAUUCCCUUGCAUGCUUGGCUUAGGGGCCGUAUACCAACAGUCUUGAGAUAAUUCAGGCCACACCUUUGCUUUAAUCAAAAGAGAGGAAAAUAAUUAGUAUACAUUUGAUUAGAUAUAUAUUUUUUAACACUUAUUUGGUUUUGUCAUUAAAAUACAAUAUAAGUAAAACUGAUUCAGUUGGUUCUCAAAUCAUGUGUUUAUAGUUAGUUGUAUUUUUAAAUUUAUUUAUCUUUAAUUUUAAGUUAAAAAUAAUAAUUUUUAAUAAAUAUAUUAUAUAGUGUGUUGAAUCUGAAUAUAUACCAAUUAAUGUUUUCAAAGAAUCGAUCAAAACUUGUAGAAGUUGUUCUUAAAGUUAUGCGAAUAUCAACCCUUAUUUAUUUGAUGAUGGAAAAUAGAAGAGAAAGCUGCCAUCGAAAUCCUACAAAAAGAAAAUUAUAAGAGAGACAUUACCAAGAUCUAUUCAUGUUGAGAUGAACUGCGGAAAAAAUAAAUAGACUAUUUGUUUUUUGCUCGUAUUGAGAGUUGUUGGGAUUUGAACUCUCUACCUUAAACUCAAAUUACCAAGUUCUUUAUAUUAAUAAGUAUUAAUUCAGUAA